AUGGCCACGAUCGAGCACGACAGCGCGAGCUCCAGCACGGGAGGACGGCAUAUUUUGCUAGUCAGGCGCGGGGAGCAGGUGGUGCUCCGCUCUCCUCUGACCCCCGCACAAGACCUGUGUUCAGUGGACACCACCGACCCACCCUCCGCCGAUUCGACGCACGCCUUCUCGCAGUGCGAAGUACUCGAUGUCUCGCCCACGCUGCUCUCACCAGAGCUCUCAUCAACGCUGGAGGCUGUACCCUCCCUAAAGGCAGUCCGCCUCACAGUCGAAGCUAGCGAAGAGCUGCCCCGCGUAACGGCCUUCCCAUCCGUCCCGACACUCGUCUACCUCUCGGCUCCCGAGUCGCUCGUCGACCUCAAACCCAAGGCAGGCAACAUGGGCCCCUUUCCCGUUUGCUCGGCCGAUACUCGCUGGCUAGUCUUCAACUUCCUCCCGGCAUCCGACGAGCGACCAACGUACCGCCCGAAAGGGCGGCGUCCCAAUGUCGACCACGUCGUCUGCGUCCUGCACGAUGGUGCUGGAGACGAGGCACAUUUCUGGAUUAACUGGGCGGUGCGGUACGAGAUUGAGACGACUGUGGUUCUCUGUGGCGGCGACUUUGAGGCGAAGCGCGCGGCGCUCGGUGAGCAGGUCGACUUGCACCAUAUCCAUGUACAGGUGCUCUCUGACUCAGACUACAAGGCGCAAGUCGGCAACGAGACCUUCGCGAUCGAGACACAGCGUUUCCUGACCCCCGAGGAAGAGGCGGCGACAUAG